CUGCUCAGUUUUGUCCCUAGAAGCAGCUAGCUACUCCAGGUAAUGCCCCUGGGGAGGAGAGGAAGGAGGCCGAGGAGACAAAGAACUGGAGGAAGCUCUUGCCACCCAGCUAGCUAGCCCACAGGAGGCUUGGGCUUCAUGGUGCAUAGGUGCCAUGCAGCCCCGGAUGCUCCUCGUUGUGGCCCUCUUGGCUCUCCUGGCAUCUGCCCGAGCUGAUGAGGGAGAGGGAUCCUUGCUGCUGGGCUCUAUGCAGGGCUACAUGGAGCAGGCCUCCAAGACGGUCCAGGAUGCACUAAGCAGCAUGCAGACAUCUGACAUAGCUGUGGUGACCAGGGGCUGGAUGGACAAUCGCUUCAGAUCCCUGAAAGACUACUGGAGCAAGUUUACUGACAAGUUCACUGGCCUCUGGGAUUCUAUGCCUGAGGAGGACCAACCAACUGAGCCGUGAGAUGUCUAUGUUCCAAAUGUGCCUGUUUAUCCAUCCUGCUGGACUCCUAGGCCUGCCAGGUGGCCCCUGAAGGUUGCUGUAAGGGGAAAGUAUAUUCUCAUGUCUUCACCCCUCCCCAGACCUCGACUAAACAAGCUAAUAAAUCUGGAUAAGAAGCCGC